UCAGACGACCGUGACUCUCACUGCCAUAACACACCCAUCAAUAACAUGACCAAGGAGUUCCUCGCUCGUCCUUCCUCCGUUCACCCUCACUCACCUCGUGUGUGUUGCUCGCGGCCGCCCCGGCUUUUCGCCGCACAUAGAUGCUCCACACAAAAGAAUAGAACCGCCACAAGCGCGACAAAGGCAGACACGAUAAAGAGUGGGAGAUUGAUAUCCUUCCUUGCCCACAUAAUCGUCAGCACCAAGAUGGGCACUUCCAGCAGGGCAAAAGUAGUAGUCCACAGGUGUUGGCUGAAUGAGGGAGAGCCGCGGAUGGCAUAGUGAAUAGACAACGACACAAAGUCAGCCAUCGACAAGCCCACGAUGAUGACGCCGGCAGCUCGGAUGCCUUGACCUUCUCUUUCCAAGCCAUGCGCUUCUCGAUGACUUGGAAAGUCAGACCAGAAGAGUAAUUCCACGCCCACCGCCACAUCAGUAAGGAAGUCGAUGGCCAUCCCGACAACGGCCAGCAUCUUGUACAAUCGGAUGAACGUGAGAUAAUCCACCCGCUUGAGCCACCGCUUGGUCACGGAUCGGUACAGGAAGGGCUCUGUUUGCCGAGCCUUGGCUAUGCGCUCGGCCUUCGCCGAUGGUCUCCAGCCUGCCCGACGGCCGCAGCAUGAUAGCCGGUCCUGAUCGACGUCGAGGUCCCUUCCACCCGUCGGACUGGUCGAUGCACGGACGACGCGCGGUUCCGAUAAGACAACGAAGAGGGUGAACUGCACAAGAACCGCGCCAACCACCCACGCAAGUAUGCCGAGACGCGAGAAUUCUUGAAGUGACACGGCGCUCUCAGCGGCGGACAU